AUGGCGAGCUAUUUCCCCCCCGGAGCUGUCGCCAGCCAUGCGUCUACUCGGACGUCUUCUCCAGCCGGUUCGCCACUCUUGCCGCCCAAUCAACGAUCCAAUCCCUUGUCCAAUCGUCUGACAAGUGUACUUUCUGCUUCGUAUGCGGACUCCGACAUACGCGAUGCACUGGAGACUCUCAGUCUUCGAGGCGUACACAAUACUGCAGAGGUUCGACGACAGUUGCGCCUGGAUGUGCAGAAGGAGGUGGUCGAUAGCAAUGCAGAGAUCGUGCGGGAUUUUGGGAAGGUCGCCGAGCAAUUGAAACGAAUUGGGACCGUAAUCUCGAGUUUGAACCAGACAUGCGAGGAAAUGCGCAAACACAUCGUGUUAGCGAGACAGGACACCACGCCUGUUCUGGAGGAAGCGUGCGUGUUGAUGAGCCAAAAGAAGGACGUAGAGACAAAACAGCAACUGCUCGAUGUGUUUAAAAAACACUUUGUCAUAUCAGAGGAGGAGCUGCUGAUCCUGUCGUCGGUAGAGGAGCCCGUCAACGACCAUUUCUUCGAUGUGCUCGAGAGGGUGAAGCAGGUACACCGUGAUUGUGAGGUUCUGCUAGGGGGAGAAAACCAGAGACUCGGCCUGGAGCUCAUGGAGAAGAGCUCAAGGAAUCUCAACUCGGCGUAUCAGAAGCUCUAUAAGUGGAUCCAGAAGGAGUUCGAGUCUCUGAACCUCGAAGACCCCCGGAUCAGUAGCUCAAUCCGACGGGCCUUACGGGUGCUGGCAGAGAGACCUAGCUUGUUCCACAGUUGUUUGGAUUUCUUCGCAGAAGCGCGCGACUACGUCCUGUCCGAUGCUUUUCACUAUGCGCUUACUGAUGCCGUCUCCGGUACUGGUGGUGAUUGCAAUGUGAAACCUAUCGAGUUCUCUGCACACGAUCCCUUGAGGUACAUCGGCGACAUGCUUGCCUGGGUGCACUCCACAACGGUAUCGGAGCGGGAAGCCCUGGAAGCCCUUUUUGUGGCUGAUGGUGAAGAGCUAGCUAGGGGAAUUCAGGCUGGACUGAGCAGUGAACCAUGGUCCCGCAUCGAUGAAGACAAAGAAGUCUCUUUCGAUGGACACAAAGCCCUCAGUGACCUUGUCAACCGCGACCUGAUCGGGGUCUCACGGUCCUUGCGGCAGCGUGUUGAGCUGGUCAUCCAAGGCCAUGACGACCCAGUUACGUGUUACAAAGUCGUGAAUUUAUUAUCCUUCUACCGGACGACAUUUUCCAAACUGCUAGGACCUAGCUCCAAUCUGACAGAAUUGCUCGAGACACUGGAAAAUUUUACGCUCGGCCAUUUCGAACGUCUCAUGCAGGACGGAGUGAACCAGCUCACCACCGACCAUGCCGCCCUGACGCCCUCUGACGACCUGUCUACUCCGCAGUUCCUCCUGGACGCGUUUGAAGUUCUCACCUCCCUCAUGAAAACUCACGAAGCCUCGUUCGGCGGCGGGGGUACCGAGUCCCCCUCUCCAGAGGGUAACGGGUUUACACCUGUGCUCCGCGCAGCGCUCGACCCUUUCCUAGAACUGGCCAAACAAUCUGCGACCGAAUUGCACGAUCCCACCAGUCACGCAAUCUAUCUAACCAAUAUCCAUCUUUCUGCGCGCUCCACCGUCUCCGCAUAUUCCUCUGCCAGCAGCACGCAUCUAACACCUAUUUCUACUGCACUCUCAACUCUGCGAAUGGACCUCCUCGAGAUCCAACACCGGUACCUCCUCGACGUCUCCGGCCUCCAAGUGCUGUUGAAAGCCCUCGAACCGUUCUCCCCACUAUCGUCAUCGACACGCAUUCCAUCCGAGGCCAAGAGCGCGCAACCCCAAUCACCAUCCCCAUCCGACGACAUGCAGCAACUGGAGCAGCACCCUCCUAACAUCGCCGAUAUUGUCAACCUGCCUGCCUUCCAACCAGAAGCUCUCGUGGCUAUCAGCCAGCAGCUGGACGAUUUUCUACCGUCUGCGCUGAUGGACGCCACCGAUAAUCUGAAAUACGUGCGCAGUGCUACCUUCGUGAAGAGCGUUACCGAGGAGGCGGUCGAGGCGUUCUGUCGGGACUUCGAGUUCGUGGAGGGCAUGAUCAUCGGGGCGGAUGAGGCUUGCGGCAAUAUUGAUAUUGCCCGAGUUGGGAAGGGCGACGAAUCCGGUGAGAGUGAAGGAGAAAGCGAGGUCAAGUGCAGAAAGGAUCCGGAGGACAAAGAUAAAGACUGGGGAUUGAGAAGACUCUUUCCUCGCACUACUGGGGAGAUCCGUGUAUUGCUGAGCUGA